AUGGCAAGUCAGAAGAAUUUGAGGGAUUUGAGUGACCUGGCUGGCCCAGGGAGCUUCGUGAUUUCAUGCUUCGACCACGGCUACUCGAAAACUGCCCUAUCUUCUCAUGUUUCGUCUGAGAGAUCACUAUUUCCUCCUUAUGGAAUCUUGAAAACUCUCAAGACAAGUGAUUUGAAGCAGUGCGCAACUGGUUUAAACUCAAGUGUCGUUUCGUUUACUAAUAACAAGGGCGAGGUUGAGUUUAAGGUUAUUGACAAGACCAUUGAAUCCAAAAACAAAAGUAAUCCACAACAGCCGUCCCCUGUUUCCGAUAUUUCCUCACCAAAUGGAAGGGGAAGGGGAAGGAUCUGUAUUAACACCAAAAGCAGCCGAGAAAUUGACGAAUUCGUGGCGCUUUCACCGAUAUCCUCUGUGAAAUCAUCAAACUCUUCUACUUGCUUGUCCGAAUCGCCCUCACAUUCAGAAUCGUCACCAUUAUUGGAGUCUCAGUGUGGGAAACUACACAAAUGCCCCUACUGUAAAUCAACUUUCAGAAUAAGAGGGUAUCUUACAAGACAUAUGAAGAAACACUCAAAGCGGAAGGCAUAUAUGUGUCCGUUCUACAGUCAAAAUUCUGCCCAGAAAUGUCAUGCUACCGGAGGAUUUAGUAGAAGAGACACCUACAAAACACAUCUCAAGGCUCGUCAUUUCCGGUACCCCCCAGGAGUGAAGUCAGGUGACAGAACGGGAAUGAUGGGCUGGUGUUCUAUUUGUGGUGAGAAGUUCGUCAACAAUGAGAUUUGGGUGGAGCGACACAUUGAAAGGGGUAUGUGUCCAGGAUUACCAAGCGACUACAUUAAAAGCUUGAAGAUUGGCAAGAAGAAGACCGGGAAGCAUUCAAAACUCCUCGACGCGGUGCCUGAUGAGAAAUUUUAUCAUAACGGGGGCUAUAAUCACAUGACAUUGUCAUCUCCAUCAUCUUUGAAUUCAAUGAGUCCCGCACAGCAGAGUAUAUCAUUUAGUGCGCCUGCAGCAACCACGACGAGGACUCCGGGAUCUUUGUCAUCGGUUUCGUCUAUAUCUUCAUCUCCUAUACCGUCGUUGGCAUUUGCCUGGGCUCAACAUAAGCAGCAGCAGCAACGACAACAGUUUCAAGGGGUUGAAAGGGUGGGGCUAUUACCCCGCACAUCACUAGCAGAGACUCCUGCGCUCUCAGAUGAUCAGAAGUCGACAUUCCAUGAUGCGAAGUCGAAUGACAGUAGCAGUAGCGGUGAUGAUUAUGAAGAAGAAGACUAUCCUUCUUUGGAUGCAGAAUGCUCUCCUUACACUUACAUCUCUUACCCUCCUUAUUACUACAAGAACGUGAACGAUUCACGGAAUCAUCCUCAACAGCAGUUGGCUAUAGCAUCAGAGGGAAAUCCUGCUGGAUUCUUUGAAAAUUCAACGGUUCCCGGAGAUUACUACGACGAAUAUGGUCAAUUAUAG